CAGGUCACUCUCCCUCGGGCCUCGCGCCGGGGACGUCAGAACAGCCUCCUCGUCCCGACGCUCGAGUGCUACGUGGCUGAGGUGUCGCCUGCCUGCGGACGAGCGCCAAGUGGACGCCCUUGCUCGGUCUCGCCCUCGCCCGCCCGCCCUCUCGCGAAGAGGCGUCGACUCCGGAGCCAGCGCUGAGGGAGGGAGGCUCGGCGCUCGCACUCGAACACGGGAGGGCCUCCGGCAGCGCUCCCUGACGCCAUGAGCAGGCACCCACUCCCAGUCACCUUCGAGGAGGUCCCCGCCGAGGUGGUCGCCAGGCACUCCUCCAGGGGCUUCUGCUACAAGAAGAAGAUGGUGCGCACGGUGCCCGGGAGGUUUUCGCUCUCGGAGGCGUAUUUGAAACUUGCCGACGCUCACUACAACUUCGAAUUUCGGAGCAGCGACGUCGUGUUGUUGUCUUACCCCAAGAGCGGUACAACAUGGGCGUCGGAACUAUUAUGGGCGAUGAUGAAUAUCGACCAUCUGGACUCCAUGGAGAAAAAGAACAUUCAUGGUAGAGCCUUUUACUUAGAUAAGGACUUCGCACAUCCCAUUCCAGAGGAGGACCUCAUCAGAUUCCGACAGAAGCUGCCCGACGCCAAGGCAGAAGAAGGCGUUAUCCUGCAGCUGGCGGCGGCUGAGAAGGGUCCUAGGCUCCUGUGGUCGCAUAUGCCCUUGUUGCUCUUGAAUCCUGACAUGCUUAACACGUGCAAAGUAGUGUAUGUGGCCCGCAAUCCAAAGGAUGUUUGUGUGUCGGCAUUCCACUUUAUCAGCAAACUCCGUUUUGAAGGCCUGAAGGUUUACCAAGGCGAGUUCUCCGACUUUGCUGAAGUCUUCAUGGAUGACAGUUUCAUGAUGAUGCCUUACUGGGAACACAUCCAGCAGGCAUGGCAGCAGAGGGACCAUGAGCAUCUCCAUAUCAUGUUUUAUGAAGACAUGAAAAAGGAUCUGAUGGGGGAACUGCGGAAGCUGAACUUGCAUCUCAUGACUGGUCUCACCGAACAGCAACUUAGGCAAGUUUCUGAAGCAGCAAGUUUUGACAGACUGAAGUCCUUAGAAGCCAAAAUGCCAAUUUUCAAAGCAGUGGAUGGCAGCUUCUUCCGUAAAGGGCAGACAGGAGACUGGAAGAACAUUGCAACAUCUGAACUAGAUAUCCGCAUGGACAGAUGGAUCCAGGAAAAGUCACGAAUGAUAGGAAUCACAUUCCAAUAUUCAUAAAAGGUUAUGGAAUCUAGUAUCAGGAGAGGAGAUUAAUCUCAUGUCUAUUAGUGAUUAAAUUAAUUGAGUUAUAUUUUGCUUGUUAAAUGCUAUAGUGUCCUGAUUGUUGUAGCCUCGUUUCUGCAAUAAAGCAUGGUAGGCUAUGAGAUAUUCUGAACACUAGUUAUGAGACACUAUAUUCCUUCUGGAAAGUCAAAAUAAAAAACAUAAAUAUGAUUAACUAUGUAAAACACUGAAAGAUUCAUGCUGAACAAAUUGUAAAUGAAACAACAAAAGAAGACACAAAUAUGACCAAGAGACAGUUAGAAUAAGCUUUGUUUAGAGACAGACCCUGACCAAGAUAUCUGUCCGAGAGGGUCAGUCAAAAAAGGAAUGAACAAGAAGUUUCAUGAUUUUUCAACAAAUCUUGAAAUAUCUUGCUAUCAAAAAUUGAGUCUGCAUGUGCUUUCCUGUCCUUCCCUUUGUUGUUUUGUUUACACUAGUAUUAUAUAUAUCAGUAAUGGAUAAAGAAAAUGAAUGCCCAUUUUGUGAAAACUUUUUUGGUACUUCCUUUGCUAAUAAGGUUAUCAAAUUUUAUAGAACUAUUUUCAGUUUGUAUCAUGGGUAUGGAGUAGAAAUAUGUGUAUUAUGUGCCCAGUGUUGUGAAACCAAAGCUUUUCCUGUUACUGAUGCUCAGUGCUAUAGAUAUUAGGCAAUGCAGUGCAAGGUGUUUAUAGACAGAUCAGUGCAAUAAAGUAAGUGAAGGCAGUGGAGUAAUCUAUCCAAUGCAUAAGAUAUUCUAAGAAAAAUCCCAAACUUGAUCUGCUCACAAUUGUAUUCAUUUACGAAAGUGUAAUAGCUUACAAUAUUCAUAAUUUCUUUCUAUUCUUCUGGUUUGCCUGCUGUAUCUCAAAAAAGGACAGAAAAUCCUCUUAUCUACAUAAUCAUUAUCUGACCUAGCUUUUUGAAUAGUUAUAAUAAUAAUGUAAGACAAGUUAUAUAAUGAUAUUACCUGUUACAUAUUAUCAACCAUUCCAUUUAUUUUAGGUCAAAUUUUGAUGUACUUAAGCACGAUGAAAUAAACUUAUUUGCUUUUUUA